AUGCAGGUUCCUCUGAUCAGGCUUCAAUGCGGCGUGAACAGCUAUGACUGGGGUAAGGUCGGCAACGAGUCGGCCGCCGCCAAGUACGCCGCUGCCACGCCCUCCAACGACCUCAGCAUCCAAGAAAACAAGCCCUACGCCGAGCUAUGGAUGGGCACGCAUCAUUCUCUGCCGUCCAAAGACGUCGAGACUCAACGCUCGCUCCUCGACCUCGUGCAGGACAACGAGGCGCUGAUGGGCUCCGAAAUCACGGAGCGCUAUGAGAAGAAGCUUCCGUUCUUGUUCAAGGUGCUUUCAAUAAGAAAGGCAUUAAGCAUACAAGCCCAUCCGAACAAGCGGCUAGCCGAAGAGCUGCACGAAAAAGACCCCGACAACUACCCCGAUGACAACCACAAACCCGAAAUGACCAUUGCCAUAACGCCCUUUGACGGUUUCUGUGGCUUCCGCCCAUUGGCCGAGAUCUCACAUUUCCUCUCCACUGUCCCUGCUUUCCGCAAGCUCGUCGGCGAGGAAGAGGCCACCAACUUCGAGACCACCGUCAAGGGAAAAGAGACGUCAUCUUCCGAAGAGGACGAAAAGGUCAACAAAGAAGCGCUGCGCAAAGCCUUCAAUGCCCUCAUGACUUCCUCGCCCGAAGAGAUCGAGUCCGCUGCAACAGAGCUUCUCGAAGCCGCGGAAAGCGAAGGCGACGACUUCGCUGGCUCUGGCGGCCCAAGCAACGAAGGACGCGAACUCGCGGAUCUGGUGCAGCGCCUUGACGGUCAAUUCCCCAAGGACAUCGGACUUUUCGUGCUCUUCUUCCUGAACUACGUGAAGCUCUCAGUCGGCGAAGCCAUGUUCCUGAAAGCCGACGACAUCCACGCCUACCUCUCGGGCGACAUCAUCGAGUGCAUGGCCUCCAGCGACAACGUCGUGCGCGCCGGCUUCACGCCCAAGUUUAAGGACGUGUCGACGCUGACGCGCAUGCUGACGUACAGCUACGCGCCCAUCUCGGACCAGAAAAUGCACCCCACGGACUACCCGUACGCGACGCUCAACAGCAAGGCGUACAGCUCCGCCAGCGUCGCCACGCUAUACGACCCCCCGAUCGAGGAGUUCAGCGUUGUUCGGACGGCGCUGAACGCACCCGGCGCCAAGGCCACCUUCGAUGGCAUCCAGGGCCCGAGCAUCAUACUGUGCACGCACGGCAGUGGCAGCAUCGCCGUCGGGCCCAAGAAGGAGAAGAUGGAAGCGGGCUUCGUGUAUUUCGUGGGUGCGACGGCGGAGUGCGUCCUCGAGGCCGAGGGGGACGAGUUUGUUACUUUCAAGGCGUUUUGCGAGCUUGAGGGUAAGGAGAGCGCGUCGUUGUAG